AUGUUGGGAGAACGCAAUAAGAAGGGCGUUAAAGGAGAAUGCAUUUUUUCUGGGAAUUUGGUCGAACACGCUGCGUGCGUAGGUGAGAUGACGGCGUUCGGUGCACUGGCGGAGGAGGCGGCCGUAGAUAGUGGAGUUAAUGCGGUGGCCAUCCGGAUUGCGUGUUUUUUGAAUGGCUUGGUGGGCAGAGGUAGAGAAAACACUUGCUCUUGGGGCAACUCUUCAACAGGCAUUACAUCAGCAGGUGAAAAGGGCACUGAUUAUUGCACUCUCCAGUAUAAUGCAAAGACAGUAGGACUCGUAUCGUUUCCUGGUGCAAUGACUGGCCUAAUAACAAUUGGAGCUUCUCCAUUGGAGGCCAUUCAGCUGCAGAUUGUAGUAACGAACAUGCUCUUUGGGGCUUCAACUGUUAGCAGCUUCAUGUCAACCUAUCUAUGUUGGCUUGCAUCCUUCACCAAAGCUUACCGGUUACAAUUGAAGGUGUUCUCUUCAGAUUAA